AUGUUUGAGAAAUUAAUUGAGAAUCUCCUUUAAUCAAUUUUAGGAGAAUACAUUGAAAAUUUAGAUUAAUAAUCGCUUAAAGUUGGAAUCUGGAGUGGAGAAGCUAAGAUUGAGAAUCUUAGAUUAAAAUCUGAUGCUUUUAUCAAAUUAGAUCUUCCAUUUAUUGUUAAAUAUAGUAGAUUAGGAACUUUAAAUUUAAAUAUUCCUUGGAAGAAUUUAGCAAGUUCUCCAAUCAAAGCUAAUUUAGAUACAUUAUAUUUAAUUUUAACACCAUAAUAAUCUAAUGAUUGGAAAUUCGGUUGUGUUACUGGAGCUGAUAAAUUAAUUGAAAUUGAUUCUUUUAAAUAAAAACUUCUAGAAAAAAUUAAUAAUAAAGAAUAACAAGAUGGUAUGAUGUAAAGAAUCAUUGUUAGAGUCAUUGAAAAUCUAUAAAUACGCAUUUAAAAUAUUCAUAUCAGAGUAGAAGAUGCAUCAAUCAGUUAUGGAUUUAUAUUACAAAAUUUCACUUUAUUAACUGUUAAUGAAUAAGGAAUUGAAUAAUUCAUUGAUAGAACUUCUAAUAAAAAUUAAUCAUUAAUUAAAAGCUUACAAAUUAGUAAUAUUGGAUUUUAUUGGUAAUGGAAAGGAGCUAUUCAAUAUAAUGAAUCCAAAUUUCUAGAAGAUAUUCCUUAAAAUGACUAUCUAUUUAGACUCUCUUUAUAAAGUAAAGUUAUAUAACCACCUAAAUUAAGUGAAAAUCUUCCAGAUUUUAGAUUUGAUCUAGAUUUAUAAUCCUUUGAUAUUUAAUUCUCUAAACCAUAAGUCUAAUAAAUUCUUAAUCUUACAGAUUAUUUAAGUUCUUAUAAUAGAACUAAGAUUUAAUAUCAAAGAUAAUAAUAAAUGAUAUAACCAUUAGAUUAAUAAGAUUAAAUUAAAAUCAAAUAAAUACUAUUAUCAGUAUAAUUGGAUAAAAAAUAUAAAGAUGGAUUAACUAAAGAUUAAAAACAAGAACUUUGUUCAAUUCUAGAAAAAACAUAAAUUGAAGAAAUAAAACCAAUAGUUAUUAAUGUAAUUAAAGAAUAAUAAUGUGAAGAAAUGAAACAAAAAGCUUUAAAAAAAAAAUAACCUUAAGGAUUCUUACAAAAUUGGUUUGGAAGAGGUAAAUAAUAACAAUUAAAUGAAACUCCUACUCUUUUGGAUGAUGAAUAAGAAGAAAUCUAAAAAUUUUUAUAGUAAAACUUUUCAUAAGAUGAUCCUUAAUAAAUUAAUUAAGGUAAAACUACAUAAAUUGUAGUUAAUGGUAAAAUGUCAUAAGGUACUAUAAUUCUUAGUAAUCCUUGUUAAUAAAAAGUAGAUGAUAUUAAGAUUCUCUUUAAAGAUUUGAAAUGUGAUUUAAAAUUAGAUAAAGAUGUUAAACUAGAUCUCUCUUUAAUAGAUAUGAUAGUAUUAUUUAAUAACUAAUAAUUUCUGACAAAUACAAGUAAUGAUAAAUAAAAACCAAUAUUUUACUUAAAUUUUAAUAUUAUUGAAUCUAUCACUACAUAAAUUUAAUUAGAAACUAGAUCAUCUAAAUUAAGAUUUCAUCCUGAUAUAAUUACAGUUCUAAGUGAUUUUAGUGAUGUAGAAUUAAAAUCUAAUCAAAUUAAAAAUAUGGCUGAAGAUAGAAUAUAAGAACUUAAACAAAAUGCUUAAGUAGCCUUAGCAAAUUAAGUAAUUAUAGAAAAGAAUAGAUGGGUCAAUAUAAAAAUGGAUCAAUUCUAUUUUGAACUUCCAUUAAAUAAUUCAUAAGAAUCUUGGCUGUUUUGUCCAGGAUUUGUUAAUAUCAAUAGUAGUAUUAUUAAUUCUUAAGAAUAAUAUCAAAUCAAACUUUCAAAUAUAGGUUUGAAACAUUAAUCUCAAAAUUAAUAUAGUGUAAUUGAUAAUUUUACUAUUGAUCUUGAAGUUAUUUUACCUAAUUAAAAAAAUUAAAAUCUAUCUGUUAAUGUAAAUAUAUAAGAUAUUAUUACUAAUAUGAAUCCAAUAAUAUAUCAAAAACUAACUAAAAUUGGAGAUUGCUUUACUCCUACUGUUAGUGUUGAAGAAUAUAAAAGAUAACAUAAAUCAGAUGAAAUUGAAAAAAAUAAAUUAAUUGAAAAUGCUAUUAAAAUAGCUCCACUUUAUAUUAAAGGAGGUUAAUUGAAUUAAUGGGUUAAAUAUACUUGUGUAAUAAGUGGAUCUUCUUUAUAUUUCUAUUCUACUCCUAAAUCAUAAUAACCUACCUUUAUUAAAUAUAUUAAAAAUUCUAAUAUUAUAGAACAAGGAAUAGAUGAAUUCAAAAUGAAUGUACUCACUAUAUAAAAUGAAAAUAAUUCAUUUGAAAUUGGUAUUUAGAAUCAAAAUCAAAUCUAAGAUUGGAUACAAAAGAUCUAAUCACUUAAAGAUGUUGAAAAAGAAUUACUAAAAUAAUUAGAAGAUAAUUAAGAAAAAUAAAAAGUAGAACCUAUUGAAUUUGAAAAAAUCAUUAAUUUCAAAAUUUCUGUAGUCUAAAUCAAUUUACAAGAUUCUAAUUCUAAAUAAUUUUUAGUAAUGAAAACUAAUGAUUUAUCACUUAAAAUGAAAAUGCAUUCAGAAUUCUUACAUGCUUAACUUACUCUAUCAGGAUUAUAAUUAUAAGAUAAUUUAAGAUAAUAUUGUGAUGAACAACUAUCAAAUUUAAUUAUUUCACAAAAAGAAAAUGGAGAACUAAUAGAAAUAGAUUUUCAUUAAACUAAUAGAAAUUCUAAAAAAUUUAUAGAUACAGAUUAGGAAAUAUAAUUAAAAUUUGGAAAAUUACAUAUUAAUUUUAAAAGUGAAACAUUUGCUUAUCUUUUAUAAUUCAUUAAUAGCAAUAAUAAUAAUAAUGAUAUCCCUUAAGAGAAACCUUAAGAUUAAGUUGAAAAAGAAUUUUUAGAAGCAGAGAAAUAAUUUUUAUUAUUAAAAUUGAAUGUGUAAAUCACAUAAAUUAGUUUAUCUAUUAUACAUGAAAUAACUAAAUUACCUUUUGUAGACAUUCAAUUUUAAAACUCUACAAUAGAAUUGUUGAAAUAUUAAGAUGAAUUACAAAUGCAACUUAAUUUAGGUAAUUUAUAAAUCAAUGAUUUAACUAAUCAUCCUUAUACAUUAACAUCAGAAGAAGAUUAUAAAUUAAUUAAAUCUAAUUAAAUUGUAGGAAUCAAGUAAAUGGGAGAAUCUUUACUUUUUGUAAAAAUUAUUCUAAUCGAACCAUUAUCCAAAAAAGCAAAAUUAAAUAGAGAUAUCAUUAAUAUAGAUGCAAAAAUAAGUUAAAUAGUGGCAGAUUAUUAAUAAUAACCUAUUUUAAGAAUCAUAGAUUAUUUAUAAAAUUUAUAGGAUCCCUUCACUAAUCCUAAUUCAUUUAAAGUUUAGGGUUAUUCUAUUGAUAAUGAUGUAAAAGAAAUAAUUCAACCAAGUAGAAUAAUUGUAGAACCUUCAAAUGAGGAAUCACUAAAAUUAAUAUCCGAUCCUCCUAGAAUGAAAUUAAGAGUUUAGAUUGAUAAUCCUUAAAUCAUAAUAAGAAAUAAAUUUUCAAACGAAUUUAUGAUUAUCAAUUUAGGUUAAAUAAGUGUUGCUAAUUAAAAAGAAUAAAUCAAUUAAUUUUAUAAAGAAAUUUAUACUAUUUAAAUCACAUAACUAAAUAUAAUUGGGGAAUGUGAUAAUAAAUAGGCUGUGAUUGCAAGUGAUUUUAAUUUACUUUUAACUGUCACUCUCCCUGAUCUAGUAUAAUAUUAUAAACUAUUAAAUAAUAAAGUUGAUGAAACUAUUUACAUUAAUUGUGAAAUGAGUUAAUUCAUAUUAAAUAUUGAUAGAAAUACAAUGAAAUUAAUUAAUAGGUUAGUAGCUUAUAAUUUUACUCUUAAUGAUUCAUUUAAUGAAUAUGUAUUACUUAAUGCUGAAAAAUCAAAUUAAAUUAAUUAAGAAUAGUAAAAAAUAAUAUUAAAGUAAGAUGUCUAAAAGAAGAUUAAAAAUUAAGAUUACUUUUUGAAAUUUAAAUUAAAAAUUAUUAAUAUUUCAAUAUUUUUAUGUUUAGAUCGACCUUUAAUAAGAUUAUCAAUUGUUGAUAGUAAUAUAGAAUUCAAUUUAAAGAGAGAUGAUAAAAAGGAAUUACUUAUUUAAAUAUCAUCUUUUAAUUCAUGUGUAUAUGAAUAAGUUAAUGGAUAUUUUGUUAGUAAACCUUUAAUAGGAAUAUAAGAAGAGAAAUAAUAUGAUAAAUUAAAUGAUUUAUCAUAACUUGUAACAAAUGCUUCAAAUUCAAAUAUGGAAUCAGGCAAGAUUGAAAUGUUCAUCAAUCCAACUUAAAAUAAAACUCAUAAUAAAUUGUAUUUAACAUUUGAAUCUUUUUUACUAACAAUAUAAACUAAGAUAAUACUGUAGACAAUGACAAUAUUUGAAAGUGAAUAAUUAAUUCCAUAUGUAAAUGAAUAAUUAAAAGAGUAUUAAUUAAAAUAUGAUUAAUAUUUAAAAAGUCAAUAAAAAGAAGAAGAAGUUUAACCAACUGAUUCUCAAAUAUUUAUUACCUUAGGUGAUGUAAUUAUAGCAAUACCAUCAAAUAAUGAUUCAAUUUUGACAUUUACUGGAAAAUUCAAUAUCAUUUUAAAUACUUAUGAUACUAUGAAUGCAGAUGAAUUACUUAGCAUAAUAAAAGAAAAAGGAUUGAAUGAAUAUGAUUUAAUUGGAAUGAAUUUUAAAAUUAAAUCAACUGUAUCAAUUGAAUAAGUUUAAGCAUAUGUAGCUUCAAAAUAAUUAUUGUAUAGCAAAUAAUUCAAUCAAUUGGAUAAUAAGAGAUAAAUUAUUUGGCCAUUCACUAUGUUAUUAAAUCAGAAUUAAUAAUUAGUUCUAUCAGAAAAUUUGGAUUCUUUAAUUGAAAAAUAAACCAUUGGAUUAUCAUUAAGUAAAUUCCAAUUCAGAAUUGCAUUUACUGAUGUGUUAUUUAUUCAAAAUUAAAUUAAUAAAUAAUUGUAAAUAAUUAAUGAAUUAACAAAUAAUGAUAUUAAAUAAUAAUAGAAGGAAGUAAAAAAUUAACAAUAAUAAAAUAAUUUAUAAAAUAUUGAAUUAGUAAUUGAUGGAAUAGAUAUAAUGAUUUUAAAUGAUAUAGAAAAUUAUUAUUAAUACAUAUUAAACUUUAAAUUAUUUUAAACUGAAACUAGAUUAGAAUAAACAGCAAGAAAUUUAAAAUUUUUAUUAAAUUUACCAAUUUCAUUAUAAUAUUUUAAUUCAAACAUAGGUUUUUGGGAGCCAAUUAUUGAAAAAUGUGAUAUAUCAAUAGUAUAUUUAAAAGAUUUAACAGGAUUUGAUUUAGUUGGUGAAAAUCAAUUAGAUGUUCAAAUAAAAGAAGGAGUAAAUAUAAAUGUAUCAACAUAAAUGAUAGAAACAGUGUAUUCUGCUGUAAGUAUUUUAACUUAAAAACUUUAAGCUAAAAAUUAAACUCAAGUUAGAAGUUAAAAUAAUUCUUAUGCAAAAUAUGCAAUUUAUAAUCAAUUAGGAUCUGAUGUAUUAUGUGAAACAUAAGACAAUACUAUUAUUAUAGCUUAACAAAAUGAAUAUAAAGAUUUUGAUGUUAAGAAUUAAAAGUCUAAUAAUUCAGUUUCUUUAUAAAUUUAAGGUGAUAAAAAUCCAUUUGAAAUAAAGAAUUGGAAUAUUGACAAAUUAUAAUAAAAAGUCAAAAAAAUAGGAGAUAAUAGUCCUGUACUUAUUAAAAACUUUGUAGAUCAUUUAAAAAACUAAAGAGUCAUAUAUUUAAGUUCUGAAUUUAUCUUUGAAAAUCAUACUUAAACUCAUUUGGAAUUAGUUUUCAAAGAUUCAAAAGGAAAUCUUAUAAUAUAAAAAUUAUAAUCAUUUAUUUAGAAUUAAAAUGUAAAAUAAGUAACAUGUUAACUUAAUUAAUUUGUACUUCCUUAAUAUUUAUUGUCAAGUGAUUUUUAUAUAAGAAAAGUUAAUAAUAAUUAAGAAAAAUGUUAAGCUUACAAUGUUAAAUAUCUUAAAAAAUGUUUUGAAAAUAAGGAAAGUUUAAAAUUAUGGUUAAGUGAGAAUUUCAUAAUAACUUUAAAUGUGUUUAAGGAUCCAGGAUAUUAUGGUAGAUAUAUAAUAUAUAUUUAACCAAAUUUCAGAUUGUAAAAUUUAUUGCCAUUUCCUGUGACAAUAAAUACAUUGUAUGAAAACAAAUAGGGAGAAGUAAUAAAAUUACAACCACUUUAAUAUUUAGAUGAACAUUAAUUAAAAAAUUUAAAAGAAAAUCAUUGUAUCUAGAUUGGAAUUGAUUCAUAUAAAAUUUCUCCUAUUAUUCCACUAUUGAACAAUAGAAAUUUUAAAUCAUAAUAAAAUGUUAUAAAUUUAGUUGGCGAAGAAUGGCAAGGAAGCAAAGGAGGUAAAAGUGAAAUAGUACUUGAAUAUAAUUAUUAGUUAUUCAGCUAAACUGGAUUAUGUAGUGCAGUAUUAUUUGCUUAAGAAUAUAUUAAGAAUGAAACACAAUAUGAGUUUGUUGUAUUUUAAGGUAAGAAUGAAUAAUAUACAUCUAUUGGUGGAUAAAGAUAAGGAUCAAAAUUAAGGCCAUUGAUAUUGAAUAAUACACAUUAAUAAAAUGAAUUGAUGUUUUCAGGUAGAGAUACUCCAUAAUUGUUAUCUUUAACACCGGCUUAAAUUAAUUCUAUUGGUACAACAACGAGUGAUAUUAGAUUAAAGAGAUAAGAAAUAUUUUAUAUUGCACCAUUAGCAGUUAUAUCUGAAAUCAAAUUAAUUUAAUCAACUUGCUAAAAAGUUGUGACCAUUAGAAAUAGGAUCAUUUUAGUCAAUAAUUCAGAGCAUUCCAUAUGUAUUAAACAAUUUAAGGUUUUUGAAAUUAAACCAAAUGAAAGAGUGCCUUUUGAAAUUUGUUUCUCUGAUAAAAUACCUUAAUCUGCUGAUGGUAUUUAUUAAUUUUAGUUUACUUUUGUGGAAGACUAUAAUUGGAAUUGGAGUGGUAUGAUUGAGUGCAAUUAAACAGGUGUGUUUUAUUUGUAAUUAAGAAGUCUUAAGUUUCAAGAAAUAAGAAAAUUUGCACAAAUUGAUAUAAAUGAAAGUAACGGAGUAUUAUUUGUUGAAAUAAGUGAAACUAAGCAUGAUUAAACACCCUAUAGAAUUACCAAUCAAAGCAAGAUGAUAUAAGUAACUAUCUUAAAUCUGCCAGUCUGUUUAGAUUAUAAUUAAGAUUGUUAUUUUGCUUGGGAUGAACCAAUUAAAUAAAAUGAAGUUCAUCUUGUAAUAUGUCCUAAAGUAAGUUAAUACGAAAUUGUUGAAUAUUAAUUUAGAAUAGAUAAAAUUACAGAAGCAAAGUUUUUUGUAAUUAGAUCUCAAAUAGCAAAUGAUUGUGGGAAAAUAAUAAUUAAAUUGAAGACUGAAAUGAAUGGUUACACUAGACAUGCUUAAUUUUUGGAUUCAAAUGAAGAAGAAUUAAAAAGAUAUAAAGAAAAUUCAGGUAGAAUAUUAAAAGAGGAAUAAUAUUUAAAAUUUGAUAUUAUGAUUAGUUAAAUAAAUUUAAAUUUAAUUGACAAUCAUUUACCAUACCCUUUAGAAAUAAUAAGUAUUGUAUUGCAUCAAUCAGAAGCCAUUUUAUUAAUAAAUAAACAAAAUAAAGCAGUUUUUCAAUUUAAAUUAUCAGGAUUGUAAAUAGAUAAUACUUCUUAAUUAUAUCCUCUAUUUCCUGUAUUAUUAACAUUAUUACCAAAUGGUAAAGUGAAAUAAUAAUUUCCAAUUUUGAAUGUUUUGGUUUAGAUGAAUUUAUAAGCUAAAAAAUUGUAAUUGAUUGAUAAAUUUUCUUUGGAGACUAAUCGUUUGGCAAUAAAAAUAAAUGAUAGAAUUUUAAAGACAAUAUUGAAUACAAUAAAUAGAAUAACAUAGAUGAUUGAAAGUUAGUAAUAAAAAUUAUAAUAGAAAUUUGAUUGGAAGAAAUGUGCAUUACCUGAUAGAUUGAUUCCAACAUAUUUUGGAUCAAUAACAUUAUAUCCAAUAAUAAUAUAAGUAACAGUAGAAUGGGGUAGAAAAGAUAAAGAAUAAGAUGCAGAUAAUCCUAUGUUUACAUCUUUAUUAUCUGGAGUAGGUUUUUAAUUAGUAUCAGUAGAUGAGGCUGAAAUAGUAUUGAAAGGUAUUUAGAUGGAUGAUGUAUUUGAUAGUAUAAAUGGUUUAAGUAAAAAAUUAACUUAAAGAUAUUUACCAGAUAUAUAUAAAUAAUUACCUGCAAUAUUAGGUAGUUUAGCUGUAAUAGGUAAUCCAACAAAAUUAUUAAAAAACUUUGUAUCAGGAAUGUAAGAUUUGAUAGAAAGACCAAUAGAAGGAUUUACAAAAGGACCAUUAGAAGGUGGAAUGGGUGUUUUAACUGGAGCAACAUCAUUAGUAAGUCAUACAGUUUCUGGAGUAUUUAAUAGUGUUAAAAAUGUUGUUGGAACUAUUUCAAGUGGUUUAUCUAAAGUAACGAUGGAUGAUAAUUAUUAAUAAUAAAGAUAAAUUUAGAAUUAAUAAUAAGCUAGAAAUGUAACAUCAGGUAUAUAAGAAGGAUCUAUGUCUUUGGUUAAAGGAGUAACUGGGGGUAUAACUGGAUUCUUUAGUAAACCUAUUUAAGGUGCUUAAUAAUAAGGAGCUUCUGGAUUAUUGAAAGGUUUAUGGCAAGGUACUUCUGGUUUAAUUAUUAAACCUGUUGCAGGUGUAUUAGAUGUUAUUUCUAAAACAUCUGAAGGAGUUAAAAAUUAAUUAUCGUCUGAUGAAUAACCUAAUAAUUAAAGAAUUAGAUAUUUAAGGCCAUUUUAUGAAAGUGAUGGAUAUUAUAAAGAAUAUAAUUGGGUUGAAGCCGAAUGUUAUGAAGUUAUUAAAGGAAUUAAAAAAGGAAAAUAUGAAAAUCAUAGAUUACUUAGAGUUGCCACUAUUGAAAGAGAUAAAAAAAGCUUUGGACUUAUUUUAACUGAUACUAGUCUUAUUCUUUUUGAUUUAGAUCAACAUCUAAAACUUUGGUCCAUUUUAUAUGAUGAUAUUGAAAAUAUUAGUUUUAGUGGAAAUGUUAUAUAAAUCAAAAACAAGAAAUCUAAAAGAGCUUUCUAAGUAAUUCUCACAUUUAUUAUUUUUUUAGGGUAAAUCUAUUACAUAAUUGACAAUGUCUUCAUCAUAAUAAAGUCUAUAAAUCACAGAAGAAAUUAAAUUCAUGAAACAAUAACUGUGAC